GAGUUCCUUCGAGGGUGAUUGAUUACCUCAGGGGAUUUCCCUAAGCUGUCUUGCGCGCGAGACCGAAGGACGGGCAUUUCCCUUUAGAUUGAUGUGUGGCUACACAUCACUCGUCUGGAGCGCUUUUAGUUUAAUGCAGAGAAUCAAAAAUUAAGCGCCCCCCAAACGUGCUCAUGAAUUCCUGCCGGAUUAGGUUUGAGGUCACCUAGACAGAACAGCCAAUGGGACACUCGUGAGACCCUGGAUUCUUCCUGGCACUAAUCAGUUGGCUCUACAUAUGGAUUGAUUCGGGAUACCAACCAGUCAAAGAAAAUGAUCCGUCUUUGACUGCGUGCUAAUAGACUUCAAAGCUGAAGAGGUAACUUAGGUUGAAAACAAGUGCUUUUCCAAUGAAAAGCCCUUCUACGGCUAAACAACUGAGCCUUUCCUAUUCCGGCACUGGCUGCGCAAGGAGUCAAUUGCACCUCGAUUGAAAUCACAACGGCUCGUAGAUUUUAGACUAGUCGAAUAAACAGCAUAAGCGUUCAUAAAAUUCACUGUCAUAGCACAACUACAGUGGAAAACGAGGCUGAACACGAGUGUGAGGAUUCGCCAGCGCUAGAAAUCGUAACGGAAACACAAACUCUAUCGACGGAAUAGAUCUGUGUAAAGCCAACAUUUUGAUUUCCAUCUGCCGUCAGAUUGCACAGCCGAAGGCAGUUAUAUUCAAUUGCUUUUAUCUACGGAAAUAGUAAAUAUUCGGCAAUACUUUAUGAGACAACCUGUCACCUUCCAAGAGCAUUGAGUCUUCUUCCGUAUUUCCUCUUAUACUAAAUAAUUUAAAUUAUAAUAGGAACUAGCAAGCAGUACCCCUAAAAUCUACGGCGUUUUAUUCUUACGGUCUGGUAUAGAACGAUCGUCACGCGGCACCCAGAGUGUGUAGCUGUCGUUGCUCCUUUUUGAUAUUUCCUAUUCUACGUCUGCAGCAACCGUGUACGAGGGUCCGCGACCUUUCUUUCGCUUGAGGCCCUCCACUACGUCUACAGAGACGGCCGCUCAUGAAAAAAGCCGACACCAAAUAGCAUUUGGUUCAUUUCACUUGAAACGUCGUUACACAAUGCAAAAGAAAAUCAAGCAGUAGUAGUAGCACACUGGUCACAAAUGGAACUAAACCAAGCAUAUUUGCCCAUCGGACUUUGAGCAACGUUAACGGGAAGCAUUGCAAGUACAUACAUACAUAUAUAUAUCAACUAAGGGAUAUUACCAAAGACUUAGACUAGUACUGAUCACGACCGUGCUAAAUACCUAGAUGAAGCGAGCAAAAAAAAUAUAGCGGGAGAGAAUCAUUUUAACUAAGGUGAGUUAGUUGGGGUACUGCCAGACGAAGUACAGUUAUCGGCGCUGCUGAUUCACGCAGCAUUCUGCAUGGAUAUUGGGAAUGUAAAAGUGUUGAACUUGAACGCUUAAGAAAAAAAAUCGUGCCUCCUUCGACUUUUUGUGCCGCGCCAUUGUUUGUGCCAUUGUGGGCGUAGCGCGCAUCAAGGAAAAUCGCGUUUCCGCCAAAUUACCCAGCUAAUACGGUUGUCCCGGACAGAGUCGCUUCUGGACAUUUUUAUCGUUGUAGAGGUGAAGUCUGGAAAAAUGUCGAACGUCUGCGGAGUACGAGAAACUAAGUAAACUCGGUAACGGAAGCUUCGGAGCGGUUUGUGAGUAGUAAAUUUCGAAUAUUUUCUCAGAGCUGCUAACUAGAAUAUGAUAAAAACUGGAUUUCUUGAAAGGUAUCUAUAUACUUACAUUGACUUUGUAUUUGGGCUCAGAAAUCGGAAAGAUGAAUUAUUUAAACGGAUUUGUGGUGCUAAAGUACUCUUUUGAUUUAGCAAGUGAUUCAGUCUGCAAUUUGCUUCCAUGAUGUAAAGGGCGUUACGCUAAUUGGUAGCACCGACUAUACUAAGCAUACUAAAUAAUAUAGGUAUUAUGGUGAUCAUGUUAGACAUUGGGUUAUUUUCGAUAUUCAAGAACAUCUGUGCUCUGAGGCUUCAGAUAUACCAAGUCUUUCCAGCUUGCCGUAUUACAGGUGCCGUACUUCCAUCGUUGGUCAGGUUUUAAGUAGCAACCAGAUCGUCAUACCAAAAUAUCAAAUAAUUCGUUUAUCGUGGCAACGAAUUUAGCAUUUUUCAUCUAUUAUUUAGUUGUUCAAGAAAAGUUUACCUUGAUCCUAGAAAAUAUAUGCCAGCCAUAAAUCUGUUUGGUAGCCUAUGUACUCGCAUAUCUAGAUUAUGCCUAACCUAUUACUCGCUCUGUAACCAACGUUUCGGUGCGGGUUCUUUUUAGUCAACUGAUGUUCACUGUUCACGUUUUGUUUUCUCUGUUUCGUGUUUUACGUCCGGCGCCAUAGUCUUUGGGCAUUCCUUCAGACAGACGACUCCCAGCGCAAAGUGAAAUAUGUCUAUGCUCGGUUUCGAAAUUAAACCGCGACGUAUCUCUAACAUAGCAGACAAGUACGUCACCCACUAAGCUAUGACAGGGAUUUAUCGUUUUAUCCUAUCAUCCUGCGUAUCAUCUCUUUAGGGUAAAAUUUCCACGCCAGACCAGCUACUUAAUUAUUGGUUUUCGUUUUCAUGUAUUUUGUGCUUCGAAAACGCUUCGUUUUGUGCUAGGAGGCGCCACCUGUUUAAAGCAAUGCUUACCUAUUGUAACCGCGUUGAACUUACCACUCGAGACACUUAUUUGCUGAACUAUUUUUUACAUUUUCAUCGAAUCAUGCGAAGUUGUACCUUUAAAUCAGAUCGAGUGCGCGAUAAGGAAACCGGCGAUGUGAUCGCUAUGAAACGUAUCUGCUAUUCGCACGAUAUAACUGAAGACACUCUCAUUUCUGGAGUUCGAGAGAUUCUUGGUUUGGCUAGAUUGCAUCAUCCAAAUAUUCUUCAUCUACGAAACCUCGUUCUCAGUUCGAGCUCUAUAUUCGUUUCCUUUGAAGAGUGUUUGACAGAUCUUGGCCAGAUGGUUGAUAAUCUUCAGACGCCUCUCAGCGAACCGCAGGUGAAAUGCAUCAUGUGGCAGCUUUUUAGAGGUCUAGAAAGCCUUCACGCAUUGGGAAUCGUGCACCGCGAUCUCAAAGCGUCUAAUGUCCUCGUAUCCCAUACAGGUGAAGUCAAAAUCGCGGACUUUGGAUUAUCGAAGGAUUGCCUUAGAGACAAAUGUUGGACCCCUAACGAUGUUGUCACACUGUGGUACCGUCCGCCGGAAAUCUUGUUCCAGGUCCCACAACAUACUACUGCUGUUGAUAUGUGGUCAGCCGGUUGCAUUAUGGGCGAACUCCUGCAGAAGCGGCCCCUUCUACCUGGAAAAACGGAGCUCCAGCAGAUCGAGCUUAUUACCCAGCUUAUUGGGUCGCCUGACGAAAAUGUGUGGCCAGGUGUCACCAGUAUUUUUACUGCGUCGGGAGUGCAAUUGCGGCUCAAGAGCGGACGUAAGCCGUCUCUAAAUAAUUUACGCCGUAACUUCGCUUGGCUUUCCGCAGCUGGAAUAAGACUGCUUACAUCUUUAUUAUGCUACGCACCGGAAAACAGAGCAUUUGCCGCAGACUGUUUUCGAAGUGCGUGGUUUAAAGAAGAGCCAUUUGCAUGUGAACCGAGCCAGCUUCCAUUGGGCCGACGACAUCUUGAAAGGAAGAGUCUGCUUCAAACUAGUUCCGAUUAGGGGUCACAUUCGCAAACAUCACCGUCUGUAAAACGACCAAAAUGCAAUUUUUAGCGACAUUGGACUCUGCUCGACAAAUGAAUAGCAUCGGCUGCUCGGAAAUAAUGGCUGUGGCUAAAUGGGCAUACGGCCCAAAUCUGUAAAUAUCAAGACUAGCUGUUACCGUUUGAUGAGGUCACUAGCCAAGUAAAUCCUUUUCAAAGGUGAGCUCAACACCAUCAAGACCAGUCGUUUCUAGAUAACAUCGAGCGCUACUCUUCUACUGCUAAGCCUUCAGGAACCCAUUGAAGAUCAUUAGGGUAUCAAUGCGUGGAAGAACUCUAUCCUGCUUUAGCCGACGCUGACGAAAAAUUUUCUGCUUUUUUAAAUAGUUUUCACGAGCGAAUUUACUUUAUCAUGUCUACAUACCCCUAAUCGAUCCGAUCGCAUGUUGUUGUUGGAGCAAGCUCUCUUGGAACUGUGAAGCAGUACGCGUAGCCUGCUUGUGUAUCCUGGGAACAAGAACUUUGUUUAAAAAGAUAAAACCUUUGUGACUGUAUCAGACUUCGCUACGAGAGCACCCGAACAUCUAGAGAAUUCCAACAAACGUUGCUUACCUAUAAUAUGUCAUCGGAAGAAAAAGAUAUUAUGUGAUUUCACGAAUGAGCAAGUGUAAGACACGUUUGUAAGGAAAUCAAUAUGAAACAUUUUACCUAGGAUCAGUAACUAACAUGUCUGUGUAGAGCGAUCUAUUUUUUCGGAAAGUAAAAAACAAAAUUAUCUACCGUUUCUGAAAAUCAGCUUGUAUUGUAUGUCACCUCUUUUCCUAUUCCCGAUCUAUCUAACCCAUUUCAAACAAUCGAGUUAACCAGAAAAUGUUUGCAGUUAAGUAAUGUAUUUUUGUCUAUCAUCGUCUCAUAACAAUACGAUCUCAAGCAACACUUCUUCAAAGACCAAUGACGCGUUAAGGAACGUACUACCCGCUUUGUUCAAUAUACAUGACUAGCAUGGUCCAAUGAGAUACUUCUUGCAUGUUUAGAAAAAUUACCUUUAGGGCCAAUAGUGAAAAAUUGGACAAGGGCUACUAGGUUACUGAAGUGAAGAUAUUCUUAAAAGUGAAUUGUAUUGUGUAGACAG